AGAAUCGAUAAAAUUCAUCUGUAGCUUUCCUGGGAAAACACUUGGCUCAGACAAACAUGUAGUGAAUAUCAUUGUUAAUUAUGCGUAACAUGCAGGCAGCCCUAAAUUCAUGAGGACUAUAGUGCAUGAAAGACAUUUUUUAUUAUAUAUCUUUAUUAGAGUGGUUGUAUUUUUGAUAGUAAUGCAAAUUAAUAGGAAAUGGAUGAGUCAGGAGUUCAUUACUAAGCUGCAUGGGUGGUAAUUCCACUUAAACCACCAGGAUUGUAGUAAACUGCCAUUACAGCUUAACUGGAUGUGUUUAUGCAGCUAGUACAGUCACUAAUACCAUUAGUGCUAUACUCCAUGCAUACUGGCUUUUAAAGUGGAUUCACUUUCGAUGAUAGGGAAAAUGGAACUCUCUCCGUCCCUUCUCCAUAUUGGAACUAUAUGUAUGCCAUUACUCAUCAUCCUGUAUAGAUAAAUGUACGUGUUUGUUUCCCAUAAUAGCACUAGAGUUCAACAACAGUCAUUCCCGAGUAUGAUAUAGGAAGUGGUUGCUAUUGAUUAUAGUUCAUUCUUGUAGCCAGUGUUAGCAUAGCUAGACAAUAUUAUUAUGACUGUCACCAAAUGUGUUCCAAUUUCCAACUAAAAUCACUAAUUAGAUUUCAGUCCCUAAUUGAUUAUGAUGAUAGCCAACUCCCAUCCUUCGUCUUUUAUAACUAUUAUGUAACUGAGGACAUACUAGUCAUAAAAGUUUAAUAACUGCUGCAUGUGACCGAUUGACUCAAACCUCACUGCAUCUCAGCAUACGUUGAACAACUUCAGUAUAGUGAGCAUUCAAAAUGUACCUCACAAGUCAACAACAUGAUAUCGCCAGUAUCCAUUGGUAGUACUAUUUAUAAGCAGAUGAUUGACUACACAUGCAUGCAUCUGUCUUGUUCAGCCAUGCAUUUGUGCACAUGCAUGUAACUGCAUAAGCAUUCCACGAAAACUCAGUUCAUGCAAUCCUUAUAAAAGAUUUAGUAAUUAUGUGCAAGCCUCAGCCAUAGCAACUGACUGUGGCUGGCUGCACAAGCUGCACAUGAUGCAUUUUUAAUGUUGAAGGAAAUGAUAAUGAAUUCAAAGGAAAUUGAUGAGGGCGUAUUAUAUAAAGGCCACUCCUGUCCCUGCUCUUUUCAAUUGAUAGCAACACACUCACAAGCACGCUGAAAGAAGAGCAGCUUAGCAGUUCAACUGAAGAUUGGAAAGAUGCCUUCUGACAAUAACUUUGCAUUUAGAGUGCUGGUAGGCCGAGUUCCACUCCCAGAGUACGAGCAUAGUGGCCAGAACUACGUUGAGAGUAACUUAUGGACUCCGUACAGCUACCAGCAGGAGAUCUCUGAGAUGGUGAACGGGGAGAAAGAAGUCCAGAACUUCCCAGUCACACCAUACGAGAUACUCCUGAGGCUAGGAACGCAUUGCGAGACCUCAGCGUUCUUCAUAUACGUGGACGGAGUCCUGGUCACCAAAGCUUUGCUAGAAAAAGGAGAAACAAGAUUGAUCCGUGGCUUUACGGACAGAGGUGGAACGAAAGAAUUUCUCUUCGCUCUUCCAAGAUUUGCCCGGAACGCGGAAGAUCGCAUUGAUUCGUCGCGUAAAGACGACAUUGGCACAAUCACUAUAGUACGCAAGAAAGGACACUUUGUUAAAGAAGAAUACAGACCAAUGAGCGACACUAAAUUCUAUCAGGCGAAUAAGAAAGAUGCCCGGGUAGUCACGGCCGGUUCUUACACAAUGUCGACGACAAAAAAGGGAAAGUAUUUGAACAGAACGAGACCGUACGAAGUGAGACUCAAAAAGAUGUGGAAAAUGGACGCCGAGGUAGGACGACUUGUUCUUAACUACAGAAUGGGACACACGCUAGAAGACAUGGGUAUAACGCUCAAACCUAUCGACUGGACGAAAACUCAUUCGCAGAGAACGUCUAGCACAGGUAGCGAGUAUUCAGAGGAGAAUCUAAGUGUAAAGGAACAAGAAGUUCCAAUGGGUUCAAGUGACUGUGUAGAAAUAGCUAGUAGUUCAACAUAGUAGUAUUACAUUACUUUUUCCUCUUAUCCUUCUGCUCUCUUUCUCUCUUUCCAAGAAAUGUGUAUAUUAUUAUUUUUAUCUUAUCAAUUGGCUAAUCUUUCUUUCUCUCUCUGACCUCCUCUUUUCAAAGAGUUGAACUCUGUAAUAACACACUUCUCUUUUGAAAACAAAUCUCAUCACUAUUAUUACUAUUAUUAUUCUUAUUAUUAUAACUAUUUAAUGGCCACUGGA